ACCGAACCGGGGAACUAUAAAGAAGGCCCGAGGGUUCGGGCCCAUGGGCCGUCCCCAAGCCUCCGCGCACCGGAGGGCGUCUCCCCCCUCCCGUUCUGGCCGAAACCCUAGCCCCAACCAGCAAGUCGUCGUCUCCGCCGGUAGCCGCCGCCGUUAGAUCGUUGGUAUCAACAUAAUGACAGCUGGUGAUUCUGCACACACUGGUGGAGGCAGAAACACCACCAACUGCGAUCGUGAAAAUGGAUUUGUUAGCACAUCUCCAAAGGGCGACUUGUAGCAUUGCAAACAUCUGCAUGAUUAGAUGAGAUCCGUAGAGCUCCUAGGCUGCCCUCUCUCCACUGUUCAUGCAUGUAUAAAUCCCAUGCAACCUCACGCCAUCUCCUGGACUCCAAAAGGACAUGCUCGUGACGGCGAAGAGCAAGCUUUGGGCAGCUCUGGGCUCGUCCAAAGCCCGCCAUGGCGGCAGGAAGAAGAAGCUCCUCGUCCGGAUACAGGUCGCCGUGGCGAAGUGCACCGGCCACGGCGACGUGCCCAUCGAGGACAGGUACGUGGACGAGAUCCUCUUCCUCGUCUCCAACGCUCCUGUUUCCGCUGCCUUCCUCUCGAGGAGGAUUUCGGCGCGGCUGGCGGCCACACGAGACCCGGUGGUGGCCCUGAAGACCCUCCUGCUUCUCCACCGCCUCCUCCGGGGAGGCGACCGCCGAUUCGAGCGGGACAUAGGCACCCUGUGGUCGUCGGGAGAGCUCGAGAUGGAUCUGUCAUGGUGCUCUCACUCUUUUCUCGUUAGCUACUCCUCGUUUCUGGGAGACAGGAUGGGUUGGAUCAUAAACCACGCCGGUAUGCUGGAGCCAAUUGGGGCACCGCAAUCGCACGAGGAAGAGGAAGCUGAAUCGAUCCUGCACAUGAUAUCGAGAUGCCAAGUGUUUCUCGAUCGGGCAAUGGAUUGCCUGCCGCAUGAGGAGCCGUCAUGGCCAAGCCAGGUGAUGCAGUCAGCACUCGACAUCAUCCUGAAAGAAAGCUUUCGAGUUUAUCGCAGCUUCUGUGAUGGGCUAGCAAUACUUGGGAAAUCUUCAGGAGAUUUAGCUCUCGGCAUCCUAAAAGAGGCAUGCAUCCAAACCCCCAGACUUCACGAGUUCUACGAGAAUUGCAAGAGAAGAAACCUUGGGAAGAUCUUAGACUUCCCGUCCGUUCGAAUCAUCACCAUAGACCAAGUAUCAUCCAUGCGGCAGCACCAGAAUGAGGUCCAGGAAAACAAUGUGGAAGAAAGCGAAGCAUCAAGAAGUAGGUUUUUGUGGAAGCUGGAGACGAAGAUAAGCCAAGUAUGGGUUGCAUUCGAUGAGGAAGAUUCGACGACUUGUGUCAGCUCUGCCGGUGAGAGUCGUGGUUAGGUGGUGCCAAACAUUGACAUGAUGAAUGGGUUUGGAUGGUGAUUCUUCGGAGUUGCGGAGACUGUAUUCAUAGGGCUUGCUUGUUUUGCUUUUGCUUGUUCUUUCUUAUGGUAUCUUGUCUUCCUGAUGUGGAGGAGGAGGAGGGGAUUUUUCUACCAUAAUACUACCAAUAAUCUUUCAAUCAUAUCAAGCACUAUUUAGAUAUGUUUUAAGUUUAGU